CUUUCCCUACAUAGUACAUAUGAAUAUAUGAUGUUACAUGCACACCACACAUUGUCUUUUCUUCAGGUGAAUUAAGGAUUCAAGUGAAGUACUUGGAAGCCAUGGCAUUGGCAGCAACACUGAUGGCAGCCACAGCAAGCACCAGCACUGUUCUUAAACCAACCCCUUUCCUUGGUCAAAGUAGGGGAACCAACACCAACCCUCUUAGAGAUGUUGUCUCCAUGGGACCUGGGAAAUACACCAUGGGAAAUGAAUUGUGGUAUGGACCAGACAGAGUGAAAUACUUAGGACCCUUUUCAGCUCAGACCCCUUCAUACUUGACUGGAGAAUUCCCAGGGGACUAUGGAUGGGACACUGCUGGAUUGUCUGCUGAUCCUGAAGCAUUUGCCAGGAACAGGGCUCUUGAGGUGAUUCAUGGACGUUGGGCCAUGCUUGGAGCACUAGGCUGCAUCACCCCUGAAGUACUUGAAAAGUGGGUUAGAGUGGACUUCAAAGAGCCAGUUUGGUUCAAAGCUGGAGCUCAGAUAUUCUCAGAAGGUGGCCUUGACUACUUGGGGAAUCCCAACCUUGUUCAUGCACAGAGCAUCCUAGCAGUGCUAGCCUUCCAAGUUGUGCUCAUGGGUCUUGUUGAAGGAUUCCGGAUCAACGGCCUUCCGGGAGUUGGAGAGGGCAACAACCUCUACCCUGGUGGACAGUACUUUGACCCUCUUGGCCUUGCUGAUGACCCUGUCACUUUUGCUGAGCUUAAGGUUAAGGAGAUCAAGAAUGGAAGGUUGGCCAUGUUCUCCAUGUUUGGUUUCUUUGUCCAAGCCAUUGUCACCGGGAAGGGACCACUGGAGAACCUAUUGGAUCACCUUGAUGACCCUGUGGCUAACAAUGCUUGGGUCUAUGCUACCAAGUUUGUGCCUGGUUCUUGAAAAUUAUUUCCAUAAGCUUGUUUUGUAUGAAUGGCAUGACAUGGAAUUUUGUUUGUAGAAUAUUAUCAUAAUAUGUGUCAGUUUAGUGUACUUUUUUUUCUGGUUCA